AUGUCUGACAGCUACGGUGACAACAGCUACGGCUCCAGCCGACGUGACAACGACAACGACAACAGCUACGGUUCGUCCAACCGUGACAAUGACAACGACAACUCUUAUGGCUCUGGCAACAACAACAACAGCAGCAGCUACGGCUCAUCUGGCCGCGACAACAACGAUUCGUAUGGCUCCAGCAACAACGAUUCGUACGGAUCCAGCAACAAUGACUCUUAUGGCUCAAGCCGUCGUGACAAUGAUAACGACAACUCUUAUGGCUCGUCCGGUAACUCUGGUCUGAGCGGCGGCAACGACAGCUACGGCUCCAGCCGUCGCGACAAUGAAAACGACAACUCUUAUGGAUCUAGCAACAAGGACAGCGAUUCUUAUGGAUCCAGCAACAAUGACUCUUACGGCUCCAGCCGUCGAGACAACGACAACAACAACUCUUAUGGAUCCAGCAACAACGACUCCUACGGUUCCGGUAACAAGAGCAGCGACUCUUACGGCACCAGUAACACAUACGGCUCCAGCAACAAUGACACCUAUGGCUCUAGCAACAACGACUCCUAUGGCUCCAGCAACAAGGACAACGAUUCUUAUGGUUCCAGCAACACAUACGGAUCUGGCCGUGACAAUGACAACGACAACGACAACAGCCGAUCAGGUGGUUUCCUCGACAAGGUCAAGGACAAGGUUGAGGACAAGCUCAGGGGAAACAAGAACAGUGGUGACAACGACUACUAA